GAGGGGGGAGCGGAGGGAGGUGUUUCUGUCAGUUCCGGCUGUUUGUUCGGGAAGUGGAUCCGCCGCUGCCGGAGCAGCCCGGAGGGAGCUGCGGAUCGCGAGGCCAGCACCGACCACGCCUGCUAGCGCUCGCCUCCCCCGCCCGCCAUGGCCCGGGACUACGACCACCUCUUCAAGCUGCUCAUCAUCGGCGACAGCGGUGUCGGCAAGAGCAGUUUACUGUUACGUUUUGCAGACAACACUUUCUCAGGCAGUUACAUCACCACGAUCGGAGUGGAUUUUAAGAUUCGGACUGUGGAGAUCAACGGGGAGAAAGUGAAGCUGCAGAUCUGGGACACAGCCGGGCAGGAGCGCUUCCGCACCAUCACCUCCACGUAUUAUCGGGGGACCCACGGGGUCAUCGUGGUCUAUGACGUCACCAGCGCUGAAUCCUUUGUCAACGUCAAGCGGUGGCUUCACGAAAUCAACCAGAACUGUGAUGACGUGUGCCGGAUACUAGUGGGGAAUAAGAAUGACGACCCUGAGCGGAAGGUGGUGGAGACAGAAGACGCCUACAAAUUCGCCGGGCAGAUGGGGAUCCAGUUGUUUGAGACCAGCGCCAAGGAGAAUGUCAACGUGGAAGAGAUGUUCAACUGCAUCACAGAGCUGGUCCUCCGAGCAAAGAAAGACAACUUAGCGAAACAGCAGCAGCAACAACAGAACGAUGUGGUGAAGCUCACGAAGAACAGUAAACGAAAGAAACGCUGCUGCUAAUGCCCCCAGCCCACUGCAGAGACUGCCCUGCGGCCGCUCCCCCCGCCCCAGGCCAGGGGGCUCCUCUCCUCGGGGGACACUGUUUCGUGCCGUUAUUUAAAGAAUUCUCUCCACGUUUUUGUACCGGGAGGCGCCAUCGGCACUUCCUCCCCUCCCCCCUUGAGUGCCAAGAAGGUGUUGGACAGCCUGCCCUUCCCUUCUGGCGCCCCUGCCCCCCCCGGCCAAGGCGCCUGGGCCCGGCGAGGACGCUGCCAGCCGAGCGGACUGAUUAACCGGAGUUUGUACAUAAUGUAUAUUGCUUUAACCAGCGCAUCACCCUUGUCCUGCUCUGGCUCUUGCCUCCCUAAUGCCAGCCUGCUGCGACGCCCCCUCCCCACCCGACCCCAACUUACUGCCAGCAGCUUCCUGAGGGGACAGGAUUACGUUCUAGACAUACCUUUUGCCAACCUGGGCUGGUGAAGUGGGCUCCACAUGACUCGUUCUCUCUUGCAGGCUGUCGGUGUCUGUCCCUGGCAUGUAGGGGCUCACCCCUGUCCAGGGCCUCUGCCGGCCCAGCUCCCUCCUCUCCCCAUCCCGUCCUGUAACCAUUCUGGCAGCUGGGGAAACCUGGCCUUGAAGUGGGCCUGGGGUUCCCAUCAGAGGCCUGGCCCUUCAUUUCCACAGAAGGAGUCACUCCUGCCCUUUGGCCAACGGAUUUCUUGUCCUGCGUUCCAGAUGCCUCUGAGCUACAAACCCAGGGGAGCCGUGGCUUCUAAUUUAUAUACCAACCUGUUUUGGUUCCAACAGAAAGGUAGGGGUGUGUUUGUGCAGGGAUGGGCUUGCAGGGGGACUAAGGAGCAUCAUUUUAACAGAUAAAGAAAAAUGAAGCCAAAUCAAAUGAAUUAAGUUCCUCAUACUCUUUUUCUCUUACUGAGGUUUGGUUGGCACAGCAGCAAAAGUUGUGGCUGCCCCACUUUGGGUCCAGUGUUUUCAGAAAAAGUGAAUGGCUUCCUGUCGUCGUGGAGCUGGGCUCUUGGCUGAGCGGCUCUGCCUUCCCGGUGGUUUGUUGGUGGGAAAGGAGGGGCCUCCCACCCUGGUCUCUGUCGGUCCAGGGCCUCCCGCUGAGUCCUGGGUCUCCGAUGCAGCCCCAGGCACCUUUGAGUGUGGGGAGUGGGUGCCAGGGGCCGCUGGGCUGUGGGGACGAUGUCUCUGAGCUGCACGCAGGCAGCCCUGGAUCACUGACAGGACUGUUUUAGUACAAAGGUAGCAUGAGGAUUUCUUAGUGAGUGGGAAGGAAUGGCCGCUGGGGCUGGGAGCUGGCUCUGACCCACCGUGGUGCCCUGGAGGAGGAACCAGGGUCGUCUGCGCUUGAUGACUGUCACCCCCACCCCCUUGAGACGCUUCAUUCACCUUUCCCCUAAAAGGAUCACGUAACCUGGGAAUAAUUUAUUUCAACACCAUGAUGUGUUUUACUAGAUUUCCUUUCCUAGGUGAUUUCCAGGCCAAGCCCUGAUUGGACAAUCACAUCACAGAUCUCACUGCAGAUCUUCCAUGUCACUGUUGAUGGGGUUUCAAUCAAUAAAAACUGGGGGUUUCUUCUUCUUCUCCACUUCCCCAAACUGCCAAAAGCCCAUAGUUCUGCGUGACAGGCCUUCACUUUGGAGCCACAGGAUGAAGUGGGAGCGCUGGGCCUGGUAAGGCGGUGCUGUGGGGUGACAGCAGGUAGCCCUGUCUGGUUGGGGUGCUGGGAGCCACAGCGUGGUCUCUAUCCUCAGGACCGUCCUGGCGACCACAGGUCCCGUGGAGGGUGUGGAGAGCUCAGGCCUCCUGGGUGGGCCACAGCUCGGCUCUGAGGUGACACUGGUGUGGCAGUGCUUGCAAAUUCAAGCAGUAAGAGGAGGGGGUCCUGGAAGUUUCCAGCCCAGGCUAGAAGCCACCGUGGCUUCUGGCAACUGGACAUCCAGACCCAGGUGGUGGGGUGAUUUGGUGAUGACAGCGUGCCUGUCCCGCUGAAUGUCACACGCAUGAAUGGGGGGGUGGGGGAGGGGGAAUUCAGGGCUGGACCGGUGUCCUGGUGGACCUGAUGUGAAAUUCCUGUUGAACAACAAAACUUUUAAAUGGUUUGCUAGGAUUAUUUCUGUAUUGAAAGUUUCUAAUUAUGCUUUUUAAAAAAAUACUAAAAAUAAAGGUUCAAGCUGCCAGAUUUUCUUCCAGGGUCUGUUUCCUCUCCUCCAGCUGUGCUCUGGGUGGGCUGGCUGCUUCCCACCCAUUGUGUCCAGCUCUUGUUUGUUCUGGUCUGAGUCCUGCACAGGUGCCCAUCAAGGCUCAGGGAUGCUUUCAGAAGCCAAGUUUGUUUUCUCCACGAAAGAAGGAUACAGCGGAAGCUUUGCCUACAGUGAUUUCUUUCUGCCUCAGAGUUUCUGCCAAGCUGUUGGACCUGCUCACGGCUUGGUAAGCGGUGCUGGCAGGGUCUGCCUGUAGCUGGGCAGCUGCGGCGCUGGCAGGGAGCCCGGGGCCAGGGUGGGCGUAGACACGGUGCCUGGGGUCACUGCUCACAAAACAGCCGUCACUGAUGGGCUGCCUCCACUCUCCAGGGGAGGUGCCUUUUCCUGGCUGAAACCACUGAUUUUGCACCAACGCAUGAGGUGACCUCCCAGGUGCGUGGGUGACUCACUAUCUAUCACUGCCUUUUCACAGCCAGCCAGCCAGCCAGCGGUUCGAAAACGUAAAGCUGCAUUCUGCCCAAACACCCACUCUGGGUACCCAGUGACUGAGGCGGGAAGCUCUGUAGAAAUUCAUUUUAUUCUUAGACUAUUUUCAAAAGAAGCAGUGGUGCGCUGUUUUUCUAAAAAUAUGC